UAAAGUUCACAUAUUCAGUUACCUUUAUUUAAAAAAUACAUUUGAUUUUAAAUUCAGCGACUUAGCACAGUAGAGACUGAGGGAUCCACCUCUAGCCUCCUCCCUUUGACCUGAUGAGGGCGUGUUCGGGAUAACGCAGGACUGCAGGACUCAUUGUGUGGGUUAACUGGGGCGAGACGCACCGGAGAAGUUCCACUGUCAGGUCACAGCAGCCUUUCUGUCUUUACCAAAGACCUUCUGUUUGUGAGUGGUUCUCCCUGCCUGCAGAUGCAGACCUGGUUUGUGAUCUAUUGGGCUUUCCUUGCCCUGGUUGGUGCAGAUGAGUGUCCAGAUGGAGGCAGAUGUGAAGAUGGUCAAACCUGCUGCAGCAGUCCAACUAAUGGCUAUGGAUGCUGCCCGUUUGAUCAGGCUGAAUGCUGCGAGGAUCACAUCCACUGCUGUCCAGGAGACACAAUCUGCAACCCAGACACGUCCAGCUGUGUGAACGCCACUGUGUCCAUCCCAUGGUUGGAAAGGACCUUUGCUCUUCAACCCACAGUUUCCAAAUCCUUCAGGAUGAUCAAGACGUACAUGGGUGAGGAAGACGAUAACAUCUGUCCCGAUCAGUCACGAUGUCCUGCUGAGUUUUCCUGCCUUAAGGCUUUGACAAAGUUUGGAUGCUGCCCUUUAGCAAAGGGAAUCUCCUGUUCUGAUGGGAAACACUGCUGUCCGGAGGGCCACCGGUGCAGCAUUGACAGCCGCUCUUGCAUCAAAAAAGAACUUGUGACAGCAGUUCUGUGUAACGACGGGGUGUCGGAGUGCCCGGAUGACACAACCUGCUGUGAUACUCCAGAGGGCAAGUGGGGAUGCUGUCCAAUGCCAAAGGCUGUGUGCUGCGAUGAUAAGACACACUGCUGCCCAGAUGGAACAACAUGCGACACUAAACAGAUGAAAUGCAUUUCCACAUCUACCAAAAAGGAGCUGCCAAUGUGGGCCAAGUUCCCUGCCAGACUGAGAGCAGACUGGGAGAACCAAAAAGAAGAUGAGGAAAUUACAGCCAAGGCAGCUGAUGGGGGCAAAACAGAAAAAUCCACUGCAGUUACCACAACCAAUCCAGUUCCUUACCCGGAGGAGGAAGUGACUGUGUCAACUGUUGCCAAGGCAGAUGCAGUAAACAACGUGCCUUGUAAUGAAACAGCAUCUUGUCAUGACGGCAAAACCUGCUGUAAAACCAAAGAGGGUGGCUGGGCUUGUUGUCCUUUACCAGAGGCUGUUUGUUGUGAAGAUUUUAUACAUUGCUGUCCGAAAGGGAAAAAAUGCAAUAUGGCAGAACAGACCUGUGAAGAUGCUACAUGCUCUGUUCCCUGGCUGGAGAAGAUACCUGCAAUCUCCAGACUGGGAGAGCAGGUACAGGUGAAGAAUGUCCCAUGUGACGACACCACCGCUUGUCCUGAUGGCAAAACCUGCUGUAAAACCAAAGAGGGUGGCUGGGCUUGUUGUCCUUUACCAGAGGCUGUUUGUUGUGAAGAUUUUAUACAUUGCUGUCCGAAAGGGAAAAAAUGCAAUAUGGCAGAACAGACCUGUGAAGAUGCUACAUGCUCUGUUCCCUGGCUGGAGAAGAUACCUGCAAUCUCCAGACUGGGAGAGCAGGUACAGGUGAAGAAUGUCCCAUGUGACGACACCACCGCUUGUCCUGAUGGCAAAACCUGCUGUAAAACCAAAGAGGGUGGCUGGGCUUGUUGUCCUUUACCAGAGGCUGUUUGUUGUGAAGAUUUUAUACAUUGCUGUCCGAAAGGGAAAAAAUGCAAUAUGGCAGAACAGACCUGUGAAGAUGCUACAUGCUCUGUUCCCUGGCUGGAGAAGAUACCUGCAAUCUCCAGACUGGGAGAGCAGGUACAGGUGAAGAAUGUCCCAUGUGACGACACCACCGCUUGUCCUGAUGGCAACACCUGCUGUAAGACCAAAGAAGGUGGCUGGGCCUGCUGUCCUCUACCUAAGGCGGUCUGCUGUGAUGACCACGAGCACUGCUGCCCUGAAGGCACCACAUGUGACCCAACCUACACACAGUGUUUAAAUGCUUCAGGCUCAACGCCCGCCAUGCAAAAGAUCCCGGUGUUUACCACUGCAGCACCGACUACACUAAAAAUAACAGCCCAAAGCUUUGUAACAAGCACAACUGAGACAAAUGGAGAGGAAAAGCUUCCCCCACAAGAAACAGAUGAAGAGGAGGAUGAGAAGGACAGGAAUCAGUGUGACGAGCACACUAGCUGCCCUCCAGACACCACUUGCUGCUUUAUGGCUUCAUUUAAAAAGUGGGGCUGUUGCCCACUUCCAAAGGCUGUGUGCUGUGCCGACGGGAGCCACUGUUGCCCUGAAAACUACAAGUGUAAUGAAGACAAGACAACGUGCAUCAAAGGAGAAGUGGAGAUCCCUUGGUACACCAAACUCCCAGCUAUAACCAGCGUCCAGGCUGAUUACAGCAAUGUGCGAUGCAACAUGGACCACCAGUGUCCCAAGCACACCUCCUGCUGCAGGCUGUUCACGGGCGAGUGGGGCUGCUGCCCACUGCAAAAUGCUGUGUGCUGCUCAGAUAAGGAGCACUGCUGCCCACAGGGUUACACCUGCAACGUCUUCUCUAAGACCUGCCAGAAGGUCAUCAUGCUGCAGCUGGAGACUCUCCCACUGACACCAGUUUAUCUACCUGAGUACCAUCUUCAGCUCACGCCAUUAAAGCCCAGGGAGAUCCAGUGUGACGACCAGACCAGCUGCCAAGACAGCGAGACCUGCUGCAGGACAUCUCCCACGACCUGGGGCUGCUGUCCAUCUCCUCAUGCAGUGUGCUGCAGCGACAUGAAGCACUGCUGUCCCACUGGCUACACCUGCGGCGAAGGCGGCUCCUGUAUCCAGAACUCAGGGCUCGACUGGAAGAACUGGAACAUGUUCCUCGCCAACAAGAAGAGAGCUCUAAUUCUAUAAAAACAUAGGGUUCUGACAUUUAUUUUAACAUGGAAGUCAAUGAAUAAAAUAAAUAUAAAAUACAUUUACUACUUUGUUCUCAGAAAAUUUUGCUAAAUGGUAAAGGGGUCGCUGUUAAACUAAAUUGCACUUAAGGAGGCUGUAAGGGUAUGUGAGCAUGAAUUAAAAGGUGUCUGUCUGCAUGUUUGCAUGCGAAAGAAGCUUGUUUAUCUCUGUACACAGUUUAAUACUUGAAACUCUACCCUAUCAAGAAGAAAACUGAAACACUCCACAUGCAACAUAAAUCUCACUAAAUCAUUGUCAUGAUCUGCUGCGGCUGCCUUUUGGCUGACAGUUUGUUUCUUUGUCAAUAAUCAGUCAUUUUUCUCCAAAUCUGCAAUGAUUUCUUAAUAAAAUGCUCUUAUUUCUCCUAAUAGUGUUAGAUUUUAAUUAUUAAUAAAGAAUUACAGAAUCAUGUUUUAGCUAGUAAAUUAACUUGAGACUUCAUGUUGAAUAAAAAAACUGAUUUCUUUUUUCAUUCAUUUAAUUCUUUUUAUCAAUAAAACUUGUUAAUUUGGUACAGAACUACGGAUUUUAUUUGAUGCAGCUUAAUUAAAGGAAUGAUCCAAUUUCUGAAGUUUACCAUUGAACUAAUAAACAAGAAUUGACAAAAUUAAAA